CCAUCACCAGCAGCAGUAGCAGCAGCAGCAUGGCAGUAGUAGCAGGAGUAGUGAAUGGUCACACGUAUGUGGUGACUACUUGGACUAUCAGGCCGCCCUUGUAGUGUGCUGGACUAUUGGUCAACAAUGAGCCGAGAAAGUUACUUAGUACAACAAUUUCGGCGAUAGUAGUGGCUGAGUUGCCGAUCCAAAGGCCUGGUUUAAGAGUGAUCCCGAGCUAUCUGUACCAUCAAGAUCAAGAUCGAGCGUCCAUAUCAGAUGGCGAGUCUGCUUACAAAAUUGCAUCGGAGGGACUGAUAGAGGCAGCCACAAUUAUCCAUCAUCAUCGGCGACACCAUGGCUCUUGAGAAGACAGACCUCGAUGACAGCGUGGUGAGCGAGGAGGGGGAGUCAACCAGCAGAGUAGGGGAGCAUGACCCCUACUUUGAACCAGUGGUGACCUUGCUGGAGGUCUUCGUGGUUAGUGAUGAUGACCAGGAGGAGGAAAUGAUAACACUGAGUUUUGAGGUCAGGCAGUACAAGCUGUUUCGUUAUCACACCUCUGAGUCGCCCCCACAGUGGAAGGAACGGGGCAUGGGGGCCAUUAGCAUUCUGAGGAACAAGCAGAAGAAGGCUGUGGAGUUUGUUCAGCGGCAGAAUUAAUGCCAGUGGCUGAGUUCAGAUCCUCCAAGACACACACACACACACACAGCAGCCCCUCCACCUCCCCACAGCCCUCCACAGUCUCUGACACAGCCCCUGACACAGCAUCUGACACAGCCCCUUCACAGACCACCACAUAUCUCACACAUACAUAAGAACAUAAGAAAUAAGGGAAGCUGCAAGAAGCGACCAGGCUUACACGUGGCAGUCCCUGUAUGAAAUAUACCUACUUAUUUCCAUCUGUUAUCCCCAUCCAUAAACUUGUCUAAUCUUCUCUUAAAGCUCUCUAGUGUCCUAGCACUAACUACAUGAUUACUGAGUCCAUUCCAAUCAUCUAUCACUCUGAGAACCAAUUUUUUUCUUAUCUCCUUCCUAAACCUA